AUGAUGGUCCUUUGCAGGACGCUUGUCUUGCUAGCCGGGCUGGUCCGCUUCCAUGGCAUGGGUUCCAAGGAUGGCGUGUGCCCCUCGGUGCGGAAUCGCCAGGACCCUGCUGACCUUCCUGGGCGUCUCAGCCAGAACUCUUCCAGAGAUCUGAAUGCCAUGCUUCAGAUCACAAGCCGCGAAGCUUUGGGAAGGAGCUCGACCAAGGAGCUCUGUGACAGCAUCGCAGGUGCCGUCGGGCAGAGUGCGAAGAUGCAGCACUCCAAGCACCUCGUGCAGUAUAUCUGCGGUCUGCUCCCGAUCGAAGAUUUGCCAAACUUGGCUUCCGGCUGCUUCGCUUUCCCAACCGACGACCUUCUCGGCAAAUUCCUGAGAAGCCAUGGCCAGAAGCAGAUGGACCCGUACUUCGCGCUGAAGCUGGUGAAGGGCUUCUUCUUUCCCAAGCGCGUGACCACCUUGAGAGGCUUCAGCUACCAAGGUUGUGCUGGCGGCCUGCGCGUGGGCACCGUGUGUUCGCCCUGGCAGAAAGUCUCCUCCACUCGCUUGGGCAACAAUGAGAUCUUCACGAUUGGCAUUCUAUUGGGCGAGUACCACGAGGAGCUGGAUCCGAGCGGAAGCAUGCCAAGUUUUCAUCUGGAUGCUCCCGAGCACCAAGGAGGCCUCCAAGUGAAAAAGGCGGCAAAGAAGGCGGCGGCAAAAGCUGCGAAUUUGCUGGCCAGCGACAGCCAGCUCUCGAAGCAGAGUUACAAGUGUCGCUUUUCAGGCUGCGACAUCGACCUUUCAAGGCAGUCGGACGGGAAAUGCGACUGUGAGCAAUGCGAGGAUGAACCCGGGCUAAGCUGCGAAUCAUGCGGUGGCUGCCCAAACUUGUGCACCGACAGCCCAGCAGAUUGCUUUCUACUCCGGCAGAACUUCACCUGCAAUGACGGCUGCGUCAUCCCGGCGGGCAAGGUCGACAACAACAAGUGCGACUGUUCCAAUUGCGAGGAUGAAUCGCAAUUCACCUGCGAAGUCUGCCACCCGUGGUUCAAUGCUUGCCAUGCAGAAUGCGGGCGAAAAGAAUCUGACUUCAUUUUUGCGCUGGAGGAGUGCCAAACGGUGGAGUCAAUUGUUCCGGAUGCAACCGGCCCUCCAACUAGUUUUGCGUGGACGAUCCCCGUCCAUUUCUAUUUCUGCGAUGAUCAUGCGAAUGGUGGUGUGAAUGUCUCCAGUCAAGUGACUUCGCAGAUGCUGUCUGAUCAAAUUCGCCAGCUGAACCGAGACUUUAGUGGUCAAGAAGUUUGCCAAAUCGACCCUUUCUACGAGGUUGCGCAGGCCGACGUUCAGAUCCAAUUUUGGUUGGAGGGCAUCACCACCAUCGUGGACAGUAAGUGCUCCGUGUGUGGAGUGCCUGCACCCGACAAUGUCCCGCCCAAUCUGCCCGGGGAUUCCUGGGAGUGGCAGGACUCCCUGGUUCGCCCUAUGCCAACCGACCUACCUUCAAUGAUGACUAUCGCGCAGUGGCUGUGGAUCCCGGGGCCCUUACCGGCGGGCAGCUUUCAGCCUACGCUCAGGGAAAGACGCUCACCCGCAUGA